AUGAUAGGAGAUUCUCUGGCCAAUUCGUUGAACGCCAUCAGAGUGAGCACAGAGCUUAUUGAAGAGGAGCUGAGACCCCACUUGGACACACUCCUAGCCAUCGCACAGGAGAGGAAAAAGGGAAUGGCAGAGCAGGUGGUUGAGAGCAGCAUCCUUCCUGUACUGGCGCACGUGUUAUGGAGGAAGAACAGCAUCACGCUCAAGACCACCAAGCUCGUGGCCGAACUCGCCAAAGACCCCAUGAUUCGAGAGCGUUGCUUCCACACGGGCAUCUCCUCUGCGCUCCUCUCUCUGCUGGGCAGCACGGACCAGGAGCUCCUUCUGCACGUGGGUCGAGCCAUCAGCCGCAUCGGCCACGACAGCACGUUGCAGCAGGAGAAGCUCUUGAGGAACGGUGCGGUUCCGCUACUGGCCUCGGUUCUGCUGCGGUACCCGGAGAACGAGGCGCUGGUGGGGUCGUGUCUGCAAGCGCUCUGCAGCCUAGCGGACAUGGCGGAGGAGGACGGUUCCGCCAUGGCGUGGGAACCCGUCGGAUACGUGGCCCCGGAGGAGUGGGUCUUCCGCGGAACGUGCCGGAACACUGGCAGCACGCUGUCCUCCACGGUGACCUUGGUGCGGCUGCAGCAGUUGGCGCCGGGGCAGUUCGUGGUGACGGUGGAGGUUCUCCAACGAUGUUCCACGGCGUUCUGGACUGCGCACAGCAAGAUGGCCUCGUCGGUCAGGUGGUUCCCUCGGCCACACAUGAAUGGCUGGCCAAAGUUCUACAAGGUCAUCAAGUACUCGGUUCAGGGCUACCCCCAAAACGGCAGCUGGAAAUCAAAACUCUUUCACACCCUUUUAUGAUGACAAUUUGACAAAAUAUCCGAACUGAGGAAGUGGUAUGAUAAGUUUUUUGUUUUUGUUUUUGUCUUAACUUGUUGGCUGUAAUUUGCUUUAUUGUUAUACUUUUUCUACUGUAAAGAUUUUCUUGCAAUAUGUUUUACUGAGAAAU